AAACCCCACCUAUUUGGGUCUUUUUUAAUCAGCUCGUGCCUGAAGGUUCUUUGUGUCAGAACACCAAACCUAAGGUAUUUGAAGCUCUGAGACUGAGAGAGACCACUGGGCGAGAGUGAGUGAUUUGGAGUUUUUAAAAUCUUUGGAAAUGGUGAGAGAGUGAACUGGAUUUCUGUGAUGGUUAUUCUGUUUUGGAUGGUUUGGUGGGAGUCGUGUUUCCAUGGACGCAACUUGGAAUAUAUGGCGUUUUGUUGAUCGCAGAAGAAGACAAUACCGAUGUAUACAAAUGCUAACGCAUGUAGCGGAAGAAACAAGACAGAAAAAUUCCUCUAACAUGGCUUCUAGCUGUUGCAAGAUCUCUCCAAUCAUUCCCGUUUUUGUUGGUUUUCUUCUUGUUGCUUCCUGGGUUGGUCCCGUAGUCUCCUUGUCGACUUCAUCAGAAACCGAGGGGCGGCUCCGGGCAAAUCAAACUUUCCGACCGGGGGAAGAGUUGCAGAAGUGGAAGAGGAUUAACGCUCUUCUCAGCAAAGUCAACAAGCCUGCUGCCAAGACAAUUCAGAGCCCUGAUGGUGAUCUGAUAGAUUGUGUUCUAUCACAUCAACAACCAGCCUUCGAUCAUCCGCAGCUUAAGGGACAGAAACCAUUGGAUCCGCCUGAGAGACCAAAAGGCCAUAAUCCAACAGGUUCUGUGCCUGAAAUCUUCCAGUCGUGGACAAUUUCUGGCGAUUCAUGUCCAGAAGGAACCGUUCCGAUCAGAAGAACCAGAGAAGAGGACGUCUUAAGAGCCAGUUCUAUUAGGAGAUUCGGAAGAAAAGUGAGGAGACCAGUGAGACGCGACUCUUCGAGCACUGGCCACGAGCAUGCAGUUGGGUUUGUAAUGGGAGAUCAGUACUAUGGAGCAAAAGCCAGCUUAAACGUAUGGGCACCCCACGUAGCUAAUCAAUACGAAUUCAGUUUGUCACAAAUGUGGGUCAUAUCUGGUUCAUUUGGGGACGAUCUCAACACUAUUGAAGCUGGCUGGCAGGUGAGCCCAGAGCUGUAUGGGGACAACUAUCCUAGGUUCUUUACCUAUUGGACAACCGAUGCAUACCAAGCCACCGGAUGCUACAAUUUGCUUUGCUCCGGCUUUGUCCAGACAAACAACAAAAUCGCAAUCGGAGCGGCAAUCUCUCCGAUAUCGUCAUACAAGGGCGGCCAAUUUGACAUCAGUUUAUUGGUUUGGAAGGAUCCGAAGCACGGAAAUUGGUGGCUGGAAUUUGGAUCGGGAUUACUGGUUGGAUAUUGGCCUUCAUUCUUGUUCAGUCAUUUAAGGAAUCAUGCAAGCAUGGUUCAGUUCGGAGGAGAAGUUGUUAAUAGUAGACCAGGAGGCGUCCACACGGCGACCCAAAUGGGCAGCGGUCACUUCGCCGGAGAAGGAUUCGGGAAAGCUUCUUAUUUCCGAAAUUUGCAGGUGGUCGAUUGGGAUAAUAGCUUAAUUCCUCUAUCCAAUCUUCGAGUGUUGGCCGAUCAUCCGAAUUGUUAUGAUAUCCAGGGAGGGAGUAAUGGUGUUUGGGGAAAUUAUUUUUAUUAUGGAGGUCCCGGGAGGAACGUAAGAUGUCCCUAAAUGAAAAAUGGUAUAGGAGUAGAGAGUUCUUUAAUUCUCUCUCCCUUUCUCUCUUCUUUUUUUUUUCCUUUUAUCUUCAUUUUUAUUUUAUUGAGUUUAUUCAGGUUUUCUCUCCAGAUCUUUAAUCGGUUUUGGGUUAUUUUUAGUUUUGAUUUCUUUUUUCUGUUAAUCCAUUAUUUUUCUUUUCUAACAGGUGAUCCAUUAAUUAUACCAGCUUUAGGGACUUAUGUAAAUGUGAAAAAGAGAAGAUAUAGUAAAUAUACUAUGGUUGUGAUUUUUUUUUC